UAGGGAAAUAAUGGAGUUACAGAGAGCAAUGUCCAGAACAAACAACAAACGGUAUUAAUGAGGCGCAGGGAGGAAGUUGGCAGGAACAAAAAAAAAAAGCACCAAGUCUAUUAAUGGCGGCCCCAAUGUACCGAAAAUCAACUGUGCCAUCCAUCAACCUCCCCUUCCAUUAAAUUUCUUCCACCUCCUCCUCCAUCUUCAUCACCUUCUUCUUCUUCUUCCCUUUUCCCCCAACUGUACACGCCUUUCUCGUUUUCCCUGUGCCUCAUCAGCCUUCAUCACAUUUCCGCGCUGUUUCGUCUGCUGCAAAAUUCUUCAUGAUUACUUCCUUCCUUUUCCAUCACCAUUUUCGCAUGGCGUACUAGAAGCUCUCACCGCCAUUGUUUCCAGCUGUGAAUUCAGGUCGGUGUAGAUACAAACCGGUUGCCCAAUUAGGUCGGCAAAAUUUUCAUUUUUGACUUUUCGACCAAUUACGUUGCCUCUUCGUAUUCAAUUUCUCUUCACCGUAGAGGGCGAAGCAUUCACUAGGAAAAGCCAUGGAUUUGUAGUUGUGGUAGCUGAACAAACUCACAGGCGGACACUCCAAAGCUAAAACACUGUUGAGAGAGAUAGAAAAUCAUAAAUCCCCCCGCCUUUCUUUGUCACUUUUACUGUAAAAAUCUCCAUUGGAAUUCCCCCUUCCCAUAGUUUUCUUCCCACUUCGGGUUCUCACAGAGGGGGCAAAUCAAAUCAGUACGAAAUUCCAGAUUCUGGGUUGUUUUCCUUUUCAAUUUCUGGAACAAACCCAAUUCGUGAUUGCGAUUGAAAGAAGAAGGGGGGAAGGAAAUGGUGGGAAGCAUUGAAACGAUGGGGAGCCCUGAUAAUAAUAAUCAUCAGCAGCAGCAGAAUGGGUACUCAUCAGCUCACCACUCAACCAACGGAACCAAUUCCGGGCAGGAAGAGAAGCUCGACGAGUUGCGGCGUCUACUGGGCAAAGCCGACGGCGACCCGCUCCGAAUCGUCGGGGUCGGAGCCGGCGCCUGGGGGAGCGUAUUCGCCGCCCUUCUACAAGACAGCUACGGCCAGUUUCGGGACAAGAUCCAGAUCCGGAUAUGGCGUCGCGCGGGUCGGGCGGUGGACCGAUCCACCGCCGAGCACCUGUUCGAGGUCAUCAACUCCCGGGAAGAUGUGCUCCGGCGGCUGAUCCGGCGGUGCGCCUACCUCAAGUACGUCGAGGCCCGCCUCGGCGACCGGACCCUGUACGCCGACGAGAUCUUGAAAGAUGGGUUUUGUAUAAACAUGAUCGACACGCCGCUGUGCCCGAUGAAAGUGGUGACGAAUUUGCAGGAGGCGGUUUGGGAUGCCGAUAUCGUGGUGAACGGAGUUCCGUCGACGGACACCAGGGAGGUUUUCGAAGAGAUUAGCGUUUAUUGGAAGGAGAGGAUUAGUAUGCCGAUUAUCAUCUCGCUGGCGAAAGGGAUUGAGGCGGCGCUUUCUCCUGUUCCUCAUAUUAUUACUCCUACCCAGAUGAUCAAACUUGCAACUGGAGUGCCGAUGGAGAACAUACUCUACCUCGGUGGACCGAACAUCGCGGCGGAGAUCUACAACAAGGAGUACGCCAAUGCUCGAAUCUGCGGAGCCGAGAAGUGGAGGAAACCCAUUGCCAACUUCCUGCGGCAACCUCAUUUCAUCGUGUGGGAUAACAGUGACCUCAUUACCCACGAAGUCAUGGGUGGACUGAAGAACGUCUAUGCCAUUGGAGCAGGUUUGAUUGCCAAGCUUUUCGCUUUGUUGUUCCCUCGCUGCGAUCGAAGAAAACUCGCGUAUUAAGCGCGCCUUUGGUUACUAUGGAGUAUAUGGACUGUCUUUUUUGUCUGGCAGGAAUGGUGGCAGCACUGACUAACGAGAGUGCUACCAGCAAGUCUGUGUACUUUGCACAUUGUACGUCGGAGAUGAUAUUCAUCACUCAUUUGCUUGCUGAGGAGCCGGAGAAGCUUGCAGGGCCGUUGCUGGCGGACACGUACGUGACAUUGCUGAAAGGUAGGAAUGCUUGGUACGGGCAGAUGUUGGCGAAAGGCGAGCUCAGUCGCGAUAUGGGUGACAGCAUCAAAGGGAAAGGCAUGAUCCAGGGUGUAUCUGCAGUCGGGGCAUUCUACGAGCUGCUGAGCCAGCAGAGCCUGAGCGUGUUGCACCCCGGUGUAAAGAAGCCCGUGGCACCCGUGGAGUUGUGUCCAAUCCUGAAAACGCUCUACACCAUCCUCAUCUCAAGGGAGAGGUCGUCUGAAGCCAUUCUGCAGGCACUGAGGGAUGAAACAUUGAACGAUCCAAGGGAGAGGAUUGAGAUUGCCCAAACUCAUGCUUUCUACAGGCCUUCUCUCCUUGGACAGUCUUAAUCAAAUUCCUUCCAUUGAUUUGAUUUGGUUGCCAUUUGUGUUUGUUAUCACUUAUCAACGAUGGAAAAAUUUAAUUUCAUUGUAACAUAUGAAUAUUAUAGAUAUGGACUUUGCAAUAAAGAUAAUCGAUAUGAUACAUAGUGCUUUACUUGGUACUUAAUGUUGGAUUUGGGUGUUAAUUU